AUGUUGCCCACGAUUCAGUCCUUUGUCAGCAAAGCCGUUCUCCCGCUGGGUCUCCCAAAACCCAGUCUGGGGUCCCUUGUGAAGGCUCUCACACUCUCUGGCGCUCCUCGAACUGCUGCCUUGAAUGCCGUCCCUGGUCUCACGCCGGUGAUCCAGGCCGCAGCACAAAAGGGCUAUGAUGGCGCUCUGGUCACGAUAUACAGGUACAUGUACCACGCGGUAAUUGCGUUUGGACUCUGGAGCAUCAUCGCCGCCUGUGCUCUACGGCCCAUGGAUCAUCUCCUGACCAACCGAGUUCCCAAGAGAACCGGGCACAAUUCACGAGAAAUAGGGUCAUCUCCGAGGAGGUGCAGAUGA